AUGGCGCCAACAGACGAAGCCUUGUUCCCGAAAUCGAAAAUUCAAGCCGCCAGCGGCGGUGUCACGAGGUUGAGGCAACUGUUAACAGACGAAAGCCACAUCGUUGUCUGCCCCGGAGUAUAUGAUGGAUUUACAGCACGCAUCGCCCUGGCCGCCGGAUUCGAAUGUCUCUACAUGACAGGUGCUGGGACCACAAUGUCGCGUCUGGGACUGCCCGACCUAGGCCUCGCCACGCUGAACGAUAUGCGCGACAAUGCUUCGAUGAUUGCGGGUCUCGACAGGGACAUUCCACUGAUUGCCGAUGCAGACACUGGCUAUGGAGGGCCACUCAUGGUCGGUCGAACCGUCUCUGCCUACAUUUCCGGCGGGGUAGCAGCACUGCACUUGGAGGACCAGGUGAUGAACAAACGUUGUGGCCAUUUGCGUGGCAAGCAGGUUGUCGAGGAAGAAGUCUUCCUUUCCCGCAUAAAGGCCGCGGUCAAGAUGCGAGCUCAAACAGGAAGAGAUAUUGUCGUGAUUGCGAGGACCGAUGCCAUGCAGUUGCUCGGCUAUGAUGCUGCGGUCGAUCGGCUCAGGAAAGCAUUGGCCGUUGGCGCGGAUGUCGCGUUCCUCGAAGGCAUCCGAUCCAAAGAAGAGGCCAGGCAGGUCUGCAAGGAUCUCUACCCGGCGCCGGUGUUGUUGAACAUGGCGCAUGGUGGGCUCACCCCGUCGAUAUCAGUGGCCGAGGCGCAAGAGAUGGGGUUCAGGAUCAUCAUCUUCCCGGGCUUGGCUGUCCAGAGUGUCUACGGUGCUGUGACGAAGGCUGUCAAGGAGCUCAGGGAGACUGGAGAUAUCAAGUAUCUCGAGGGUGGUGUGCCGAGUCCUGGAGAGAUCUACGGAGUAUGUGGAAUGCAGGAGGCAGUAGAUUUUGAUCUUGCCGCAGGUGCCAGCACUUAUACCAAUGGAGUAUGA